CGCCUUUCAAAACACCAACGACGCGUGCGAGACACACCGUGGUGACGCGAUCUCAUCGAGGAAUUAUCGUGCAAUUAAAUACGUGAGGGUACGACGGAGUGACGCGCGUUUGCGAAGUACUGGCCGAUGUCGUCAGAAAAAAUGGCCAUCGCUGCUUCGGAGAAUUAUCAACUUAAGUGGCACAGCUAUGGCGCGCAUUUACACAGCUCUGUCGCGACGUUACUGCACUCAGAAUCCUUCGCAGAUGUCUUAUUGGCGACGUCCUGCGGCAGACACGUGGCGGCCCAUCGAUUUGUCCUUGCCGCUUGUUCAUCAUACCUCAGUCACAUUUUUCAAACAUGUCAUUUUGGAGCGAAUACAAACGCUCAAAUAAUUGUGGUAUUACCGACAGAAAUCGGAUAUCGCACCUUGAAAAUCCUAAUUCAAUACAUGUACAGCGGAGAAGCUACCGUGACGAACGAUCAGCUGGAGGGUGUACUGAAAGCCGGCGACAUACUACGUGUACGUGGCUUAUGGAGAUCAAAUACCGGCAGUAAAAAGGAAAAUAUACAAUCGAACAACCAGAAGGUUGAUCGGGAUAAACGGGAGCAACCGCCAUUAACCGGUCAAAUACAAAAAAUUAAGUUGGUUCAACCGUCAACGGAGAAAGCCGUUGAAAACGUACAACAAACCACGCCAACACAAAAUAACGUUCAACCUCAGAAACCUACCUCAGAGAGAAAGAGUAUUGAGAAGAUCGAGGAGAAAAUUAGCGAGUCAGAACCUAAAAAAGUGUUAGAGGAGAAUAAGAAUAACGAACACAACAAGAAUAAGGAAAACCUGGAGGCCAACGGAAAGAAAAGGAAAACAACCGUCAACAGCGACGUAGAAUCUAAUAAAUCUAAAAGCGAGGACGGUGAAAAUACGGAGUUAAAUCUAGAACUUUUAGUAAAGGAUGAACCAAUUUGGGAGGAAACUAUUGAUCCAUCAGAAUCCUUGACGAUAGACCAUGAAAUUGAUAUCAAACCGGAAAUCGUACAUAGUGCGGACGAAGAAGAAGAAUACACACCAUUAACGUGCGACAUGUGUAGUCAAACGUUUAAUCGACCAUCCGACUGGGUGAGACAUAUUGAAUUUACUCAUGCUGAUAUGACUGAAAAUCGAAGGAAAAAGAGGAAGGGCGAUGUGGAUGACGAUAGCAAAGAUUUUCCACCUUUAAAAUGUGACCUUUGUGGUAAUAUGUACUCGACGCCUCAAGAAUGGGUACGUCAUAUACAAACGGAACACACGGAAGAGCAAUUAGCUUUAAUGAACAACUCGGCACCACCUAAGCCAAAAAGAGUUCACAGUCAUCAAAAAUUGUGCAACAUUUGUCAAAAGGAAUUUCCAAGUCACGCAUCGAUGGUAAUUCAUCAAAGAACACAUACAGGGGAGAAGCCUUUUCUCUGUUCCUAUUGUAAAAAAGGCUUUAAUGUAAAAAGUAAUUUACUAAGGCAUCUAAGGACAUUGCAUGACAAGUAUGUACAUCCCAGCUUAUAUGGGAGUAAUGGUAACACAAAUGCUUAAGCCCUUAUGAUUUUCAAAUGUACAUGUUCUUUUUCUUGUUAGUACCUCAUUUGCAAAGUAAACGUCACGCACUACUCUAGAUACUUGUGAAAUCAUGCUCACAGACUGAAGGAAUAACGUAUGCAUUGAUAAUCCUGCAUAAGUAUGUCAAAUUAGUCCAAAGAAUUAAA